GAAGUUGUGAUGAUGUCCAAGUAUUUUGCCAGCAAGUCUGUCUCAAUCGUUACUAUGGCGGCUACCAGUGCUGGUGUAAAGAUGGCUAUGAACUCAACGAUGAUGGGAUAACUUGUCGAGAAGUUUCAGCAACACACAGUGUUCCAGCACCUAACCAUACCUGGUACACAAUACCUCAGACCCACAAUGUGGACACCAAAUACAGUACUCCCUCUACUUUACACACCCAGACCUUCACAGAGAACCAGCCCCAGGGCAGAGAAAAAGAGACAGCCAAAAAAGCUGCAAAAUUAUCAGAUUCUAAACAUGACAUUGUUCAGGGAGAUGAUCCUAGGCCAAUAGCAGACAAUAGAGUACCAUUUUCUUCACAGUCAGAUAUUAAAAAUGAGAAAUCCAGUGAUAAGUAUGAUGAUUUUGACUCUUCUUCCUCUGAAAAUAUUAUUAUGCCAGUAGCAACCCAUGAUAAGAGACAUGAGAACUCUGUUCUAAGUCGGCAGACAAAGGCCCCUGCUAAGUAUACCUCCUGCAAUGACUUGGAUUGCUUCAAUGGGGGGAGCUGUGUGCCAGACGUGCUGCGUGGAGGUGUUCGGUGUCAGUGCCGCCUGGGUUUUGAUGGAGAUUAUUGCGAACAAGAAAUGCUUGUCCGCUACCCUAAAUUUAUGGGCACUGGGUAUGUCUCGUUCCCUGUCCUGAGGAGGGCCUUCAAAGAGAUGACCGUUACUUUGGAGUUUCGCCCCGAUACUCAGAAUGGUCUGCUGUUAUUUAGUGGAGAACACCCUGAUGCUCAUACAGACUUCUUUUCAGUCAGCUUGAUUGAUGGAUAUGUGGAGUUUAGGUUUGACUGCGGUACUGGUAUGGCCAAAAUCCGCACGACCAGUGAAGUAAAGCUGGGAAAGUGGAACACAGUCACUGUCCACAGACAUGAGUGGGACGGGUCUGUACAGCUAAAUAAAGGAGAACAGGUCAGAGGGAGAGCUCAGGGUUUGUUUUCACGGAUCACAUUCCGUACACCCUUGUUUCUAGGAGGAUACAUCAACACUACUCACAUAGGCAGCAGGACAGGGAUGUACUUUGGCUUCAUUGGUUGUGUCAAGGCAAUGAAAAUUAAUGGCAAAGAGUUUGACUUCCGUAAGGGAGCCUUCAUUGGAGACGCCAUGGAUGGUGUAGAUGUGGCUGAAUGCAGUGCCCAUAUAUGUCGUAACUCUCGUUGUCGUAAUGGCGGAAGUUGCAUGGCAGACUCUCCAGACACCUACACAUGUCUCUGCCCCAUGAUGACUGCUGGGAAAUAUUGUGAAAGAAGCAUUGAGCACAUUGUGGUCCCCCAGUUUACAGGGCAUUCCUUCCUGCAGUAUGAAGGAAUCAGAAGAACAGCACUUAGCUAUACAGAGAUAGAACUGGUCUUCAAGGCUACAAAUAAAGAUGGCACCCUCCUGUAUAAUGGCUUCACCACAGACCGUAGAGGAGACUUCAUCUCCCUGACUCUGGUGGAUGGAUAUUUGGAAUAUCGCUUUGAUUUAGGGACUGGGCCUGCUAUUAUUAGGUCAUCACAGCCAUUACCCCUCAAUACCUGGCACACAGUAAAGAUCUCCCGUACAGGACGUGAUGGUGUUCUGGAGGUGAAUGAGCAGCCUGCGGUGCAGGGGUUGUCCCAGGGAGCUUACACACAGCUUACACUUCUACAGGAUCUCUUCAUUGGAGGACACAGAAAUUAUGAUGAUACUUCUAAAUAUGCCAGGGUUAAACAGUCAUUUCAAGGUUGCAUACAAAAGGUGGUUGUUAACAACAAGCCUCUGACUCUGAUGGAGGACUACAUUGAUGGCAUUAACAUAGACACCUGCAGUCACCCCUGCUCCACCAAGCCCUGUGAGAACAACGGGAAGUGUGUCCCUUAUAAGAACUUCUACACAUGUAACUGUCCUCUAGGGUUCACCAACACAAACUGUGAAGAAACUGUAUAUGAUGAUGUGACAGUCCCAAUGUUUAGAGGAAACAGCUUCUUGAAGUAUAAUGAUGAAGAAACCAUGAAAAGAAUCAAAGGCAAGAAGCUGGAUAUUAAAAUACGGCUAAAGACCAGCCAAUCAGAUGGACUUAUCUUGUGGAGUAGUGAAGAACACCUGAGCACCAUCAGCGACUAUGUGGCUAUUGGUUUGCGUGGAGGGUAUGUCCACUUUCAGUACAACCUGGGCAGUGGGGAGGCGGACAUCAUGGUCAAUACGACCAGGAUCGAUGAUGGGAAGUGGCACAGGAUUCAUGCUAAAAGGUUAAAACAGGAUGGGUCUCUGAAAGUUGAUGACCUUUCUGCACAAGAUGGCCGAAGUCCUGGAAGAUUUACUCAGCUAAAUACCAACACACAACUCUUUUUAGGUGCUGUGAAUGACAUGGCAGAGAAAACACUUCACAAAUAUACAGGGGGUUUUGUUGGAUGUAUCUCCCACUUUACUCUGGCCACAGACUACCAUGUGAAAUUUGUUGCUCAAGCCAGCAGUGGACAGAAUAUUAACCAGUGCUCAUGAAAAAGAAGUACCAACCCAGUGAAGUGAUGAAAGCUGGAGCAGGAUUGGAUGUAGUAUGUUUAAGAUACAGCAUAUUGAAAUGUGAAUGUAGAAGGUCCCAGCAGCACUCAGUGAAGGAAGAACCACUGUGAUAUCAUGACAGAGUUAUUUGCCAUGGAAUGUCAGGACAGUGGGGUUAUUGCUGUUACUUCUCUUUUUUUUAUCAAGUUUUGGGAUUAUGUAAAUGAAAUGAAUGUAAAAGUAGCAAAAUAUGCCCAAAUACAAACUGGAAUUGGCCUUUAUUUGUAACAGAGAUAUUUCCUGCUGAAGAAUUGUGUAAAAGAUCAUCCCAAUAUAAGAAUUGUAACUAUUUUUAAAUAGGAGAGACCUGUGAAGGAGACCUAUAUGUAUAAUUUUGUUACUAUAUCUUUCAACAUCAAGAGAUAGUCAUGGUACAUGUAAUUGACAGCUAACAUAAUUGACCUAAAGAUAGUUCAGUACAUGAAAUAAUACUUUUCUCUUUCUCCAUUUCUCUGCUUUCAUAUUUGUCUGUCAUAUUUGUGCCAAAGUGAACAAUGAUUGUUUUGUAAUUUUUUAUGUGUUGUCUAGACCUAUUUAGGGCUUUAAAGGUGGAAAGCUUGCACAUUUUUAUCUUCUGUAGGUCUGAAUAUUGUAGCUCUAUUAUAUAUAUUGAUAUAUAUAUAUAUUUGAUCCCCAAAAGUCAUGAAGUCAUACCUGACAGCUAUAAAAAAAGAAUUUUGAAUUAAAAAAUUAAUAGGGAGUAAUUAUAGAAGUACGCGUAAAGACAUAUUUCACAUUUCAGUUUUGAGAAGAAUAUUGGUUUCAACUAUGUUUCAACUAUGUUAAAACAUAGAUGAAUCCUAGAUUCCACCAUGUUUAUCACUUUAAAAUGGAUCAAAACAAGUAAAAACAAGCAAAAGCUGACAUAAUCUAAGACUAAUUGCAGUUUUUAGUUGAAAUAGGACAUACGCAUUCGUACGACACCUAUUUCCCUUUGUUUAUUUGUUGUUUCAUGAAAUUAACUAUUAUAUCAAUUUACCUUCCCGUGUAGUUAUUUUUUUCAGCUUUAUACUCAUGCCAAAUUUUCAUAUCCACACAGUCUUCCCAAAGAUGACCCCCCCAUGUAAUCACUGUGCAUGCCUUUCUGCCUAACGUUCUACUAGUAUAUGUGUUAAUGCAACUUUUUUGUACGUCUCUGGAAUCUAGUUCUCUUUUUUAUGCAGUAUGUCAUAUUUGUGAAAGUUAACAGUGCAUUAGUGUCAUUGCAAUACGGUAGAUUUGUAAAUGAAAUUAAUACGGAAGUGCUUUUUAUUUUACAGUGUACAUAAAAUGUACAGAUCAAAUGCAUUAUACAGGCUGUAAAGUUGAAGUGAAGAAAACAUGAUGGAAUGCAUAAUACCUGUCAGAAAUGUUUAUGGAGAUUUGACACCUGUUGAACAGAAGUCGCAGUGUAAGAGAUAAUCCUUGAGUGAUUUUUAC